UAGAAGCUGUGGAGCCCUUUCUCUUCUCUUUCGUCUUUCCUCUCACAGAGAGGCUCGUCACCACCAAGCCCUUCUUCUUCUUCUUCCUCCUCCUGGAUCCAACUCAGAUCCAUCCAUCCCUCUCUCUCUUUGAUCCUUUCAGAUCUCCAUCGCUUCUUCUUCCUCUUCUAAAGUUUCAUCAGAUAUCUUCUCUGGUUACUACUAAACCCUUUGUCUAAGAUUUUGAUCUCAGUUCUGGAGUUCCUUUUGAUUGUGCAUCAUCGUCGUUCGAAUCUGUUGACUUCUCCCUGUUACAUAUCUCAGAUCCAUAAAGCUUACUCCUUUACACUUGUUUGAUCUUGUAUCCCUAUGUGGAGGAAGAGAAAGAGAGUUUCCCUGAUGGUGGCGGCGUGAGGGAGGGGGAUGUUAACAACUUUAAUGAAACUUUUGAGCGCUUGUCUGUGGCCUUCAUCGGGGAGGUCCGUUGAUUCUUCCGGAAAACAAGAUGGACUUCUCUGGUACAAAGACUCUGGUCAGCACCUACUUGGCGACUUCUCUAUGGCUGUUGUUCAGGCCAACAAUCUCCUCGAGGAUCAGAGCCAAGUUGAGUCUGGUCCUUUGAGUACGCUUGCCUCUGGUCCUUAUGGUACUUUUAUCGGAAUCUAUGACGGUCAUGGAGGGCCUGAGACCUCCCGCUUUGUCAAUGAUCAUCUCUUUCAGCAUUUAAAGAGGUUUGCAGCUGAGCAAGGCUCUAUGUCGAUGGACGUGAUUAGAAAGGCUUAUGAAGCGACUGAAGAAGGCUUUCUUGGGGUAGUGACAAAGCAGUGGCCGGUUAAGCCACUUAUUGCAGCGGUGGGGUCUUGCUGCCUUGUGGGUGUUAUAUGCGGAGGGAUGCUCUACAUCGCUAACGUUGGAGAUUCCCGUGCUGUCCUUGGAAGAGCUAUGAAGGCCACAGGUGAGGCUAUUGCGCUUCAGCUCUCAGCUGAACAUAAUGUGAGCAUCGAGUCUGUUAGACAGGAGAUGCACUCCUUGCACCCGGAUGACUCGCAUAUCGUCGUGUUAAAGCAUAAUGUGUGGCGCGUUAAGGGCCUUAUUCAGGUAUCUAGGUCUAUAGGCGACAUGUAUCUUAAGAAGGCGGAGUUCAACAGGGAACCAUUGUACACGAAGUACAGACUCCGUGAGCCGAUCAAAAGACCAAUCUUGAGUGGAGAACCGUCGAUCACAGAGCAUGAGCUACAACCACAAGACCAGUUUCUGAUAUUUGCUUCAGACGGACUAUGGGAACAGCUUAGCAACCAAGAAGCUGUUGACAUCGUUCAGAACCACCCACGAAACGGGAUAGCACGUAGGCUGGUGAAAAUGGCAAUGCAAGCGGCAGCGAAGAAGAGAGAGAUGAGAUACUCUGAUCUGAUGAAGAUAGAGAGAGGCGUGAGGAGGCAUUUCCACGAUGACAUCACUGUGGUGGUCAUCUACCUUGAUACCAAUGUAGUGAGCUCUGCCAGAGGACCCUCUCUUUCUAUCCGAGGCCGCGGUAUGACCUUCCCAAAGAAACUCUAAAAGCUACUCCCACGUUUUUAGGUUCCCAUCUUUUGUAGUUAUUUACAAAAAUAUAUAUAUAUAUAUAUAUAUAUAUCACUUUGUUGGUAUAAAAGAAUGUAUAAUUUUAACGUGAAAGCCACACACGUUUGGAACCGAACCCAUUCCAGUAAUUAUUAUUGAUUUUUAUUUGUUCAAACAGACUUGUGUGAUGAUGUAAUUGUUGUUGAUGGAUGAAUGAAUGUAGUAAAGCCUUUCCCUCUA